GCGAAUCUCAGAACUACUGAACUAGUACAGUGAGAGCGAGUUGUCCCGCCUUUAGAAAGAACACUCUGUUUUGUUUCAUUACUCUCGCCAGAUCUGAACCCUAGCAAGCCCUCGUUCGUCUUCACCGAUCGGGAUCUCAAAAAACCCUUGAAAUCCUAUGCUCCGAGCUCGAAUUCGAUCUCCCGAUCUAGAGCGAUCUCGUCGGAGCUCCACUCCCUCCGGUCUCCCCGCUCCAAUGCCGGCGGAAUCUGCACCGUAGACUUCCUCGCCAUUCAAGGCGUUCGGCGGAGAGCUCCGUGUAAGCUAAGAUCUUGGUCUGUCUGGAGGGAUACUAGAAGAUCCAGGAGCUAUAAAAUUCGUUUCUCUGAAGUUUUGCAGUUAACGUGGUGAGGAUUUUGUCGGGUUCUUUGUGGUUGACUUCGAGGCAUCUCCAGAUCCGCGAAUGGGAGCGUCGAAGUACACCAAGGGGUGCACGGGUUGGCUGAUCGUGCUUGUCGUCGCGGCUCUCGUUGUCACGGCGGCGGUGGUCGCCAUUAGGAAGAAGACCCACCAUGCGAAGGUGCUUCCGGUUCCCGGUCCACCAGGAGCCAUCACUCAGAAAUAUGCCGAUGCUCUCUCCGUAGCUCUGCAGUUCUUUCAAGUACAAAAAUCGGGUCAGCUGGUUAAUAAUAAGAUCCCUUGGAGAGGCAAUUCCGCUUUGGAUGAUGGGAAAGAAGAGGGGGUGGACCUGUCAAAAGGGAUGUAUGAUGCUGGCGAUCACAUGAAGUUUGGUUUCCCUAUGGCUUUCACAGCGACGGUGUUGUCGUGGUCGAUUCUUGAGUAUGGAGAUCAAAUGAAAGCUGCGAAGCACUUGAAUCCAGCUCUAGAUGCUCUGCAGUGGAUCACGGAUUAUCUGAUAAAUGCCCAUCCCGCGGAUAAUGUGCUUUAUGUUCAGGUGGGCGAUCCUGAUGUAGAUCACAAAUGUUGGGACAGGCCUGAAGAAAUGACUGAGAAAAGACCUGUCACAAAAAUUGAUAAAAAAACUCCAGGAACAGAGGUGGCUGCUGAGACAGCUGCAGCUAUGGCUGCAGCUUCCAUGGUGUUCAAAACCAUCAAUAGCACCUAUUCAGAUUUACUUCUUCAGCAUGCCCAGAAGCUAUUUACUUUUGCUGAUACCUAUAGAGGUUCCUAUAGUGUCAGCAUUCCACAAGUCCAGAAAUUCUACAACUCCACAGGUUAUGUGGAUGAACUGUUGUGGGCAGCUAGUUGGCUUUAUCAUGCCACUGGAGAUCAGACAUACCUCAGUUAUGUGACUGUUCAAAAUGGAAAUGCUUUUGCUGACUGGGGAAGACCAACAUGGUUCAGCUGGGAUGACAAACGUGCAGGAACACAGGUUCUUUUGUCCAGAGUGCAGUUCUUUGGUUCAAAAGAAUCAUCAAAUGCGGAGCAGAAGGGUCUCCAGAUGUACAAGAAAACAGCUGAAGCAGUCAUGUGUGGCCUUUUACCAGAUUCCCCUACAGCCACUAAAAGUAGAACAGAUGGUGGAUUAAUAUGGAUAGACCAGUGGAACUCUCUUCAGCAUCCUGUUGCUGCGUCAUUCCUUGCUGUAGUAUAUAGUGAUUACAUGCUGACCUCCAGGACCUCAGAAGUGCAAUGCAAUGGGGAGACCUACACACCCUUGGAUCUCCGCAAAUUUGCCAUGUCCCAGGCUGAUUACAUACUGGGUGAUAACCCAAUGAAGAUGAGCUACCUUGUCGGAUAUGGGAGCAGCUAUCCACAACAGGUGCACCAUAGGGGAGCAUCAAUUCCAGCGAAUGCCAACACUGGCUGCAAGGGCUGGCAGUGGCUUUCAUCACCUAAUCCAAAUCCGAACAUUGCCACAGGAGCACUUGUGGGUGGACCAUUUCAGAACGACUCCUACAUUGACCUCCGAAAUAAUUCCAUGCAGUCUGAGCCCAGCACCUACAACAGUGCUUCUCUAGUUGGUCUGUUAUCUGGCCUGGUCACCACCUCAUCGGUUGCUCAAUCUUUCACCUGAUCGUUGCUCAAUCUUUCACCUGAUCCAGUUUCCUUCCUGCCUCUGUAAUAUAUGUGCAAUCAUAUUGUAGUAUCAUUCAGUGAAAUGUAUCAUCUCUUCGGGCUACAAUGUACAUGGUGAGUAUUCUUGAGCAGUUGUUUUGUGUUGUAAGUUUCUGCUGCAUCCGUGGGUCAGCAUACUGGCUGCAGAAUCAAUAUUAGGUGUGCAUGUAAUCAAGAGAGAUUAUCAUGAAUGUUUGUGUAUUUACGCCUUUGCCUUGGGAACAUCUAAUUUCUAAAUCAAGUACAAAUGAAAUUUCUAUUC